CGCUAUAAUUUCGGGAACAUUAAAAAUGGAAAAAUAGGAAACGGGAAAAAAUGGGAAUCGAAAAAACAAACCACAGUCGGAAGAAUAUCGCUAUAAUUCUGAGUAUUGAAUUCGUGACAACAGCACACGAGGAAGAGAGAGAAAAGCAGAGAACUUGAAGAGGAGGAGUGAGUGACUUUGAACAGAGUCCAUAUCUGGAGGCAGGCACUCACUGUCCGCACAGAAAUCGGGCAAUUAUUGUUUAGGAUAAGUGGAGAAGAUAUAGCAGCGAAGCGAAUCCAGACAAAAAAGCAAUCGGAAAGCUUUUGGAAAGUGGUGCUGAUUGAUGGUUGUUUUGGAAGUGCUGCUGAUUGAGGGAAGGAAAAAAUGGGGAGGAGUUACUCGGCGAAGCCGAACGAUUAUAAGCUUCUAGACGAGGUAGGAUAUGGUGCGAGCGCGACUGUUUACAGAGCGAUCCAUUUGCCUUCGAAUGAAGUGGUGGCGGUCAAGUGCUUGGAUCUCGAUCGCUGCAAUAGCAACCUGGAUGAUAUACGCAGGGAAGCUCAGACAAUGAGUUUGAUCGAUCAUCCUAAUGUCAUCAGAGCAUUUUGUUCAUUUGUUGUUGAACACAACCUUUGGGUGGUGAUGCCUUUUAUGGCUGAGGGUUCUUGCCUGCAUCUCAUGAAGACAGCAUAUCCAGAAGGGUUUGAAGAAUCUGCUAUUGGGUCCAUCUUAAAAGAAACUUUGAAAGCACUGGCAUACCUUCAUCUGCAUGGCCAGAUCCACCGUGAUGUGAAGGCAGGAAACAUAUUAAUGGAUAGUGAUGGUGAAGUGAAGCUUGCUGACUUUGGUGUCUCAGCUUGUAUGUUUGAUCGGGGUGAUCGGCAGCGUUCACGGAACACUUUUGUAGGAACUCCAUGCUGGAUGGCCCCUGAAGUCUUACAACCUGGAACUGGAUAUGAUUUCAAGGCCGAUAUUUGGUCAUUUGGAAUCACUGCCCUAGAAUUGGCUCAUGGGCAUGCCCCCUUUUCAAAAUAUCCUCCCAUGAAGGUUUUGCUAAUGACCAUACAAAAUGCUCCGCCUGGACUUGAUUAUGAUCGAGAUAAAAGGUUCUCUAAGUCUUUUAAAGAAAUGGUUGCUAUGUGCUUGGUAAAAGAUCAAACAAAGAGACCGACAGCAGAAAAGUUAUUAAAACAUUCCUUUUUUAAGAAUGCUAAGCCUCCUGAGGCUUCAGUGAAAAAAUUAUUUGCAAACUUGCCACCAUUGGCACAGCGUGUUAAAGACUUGCAGCUGAAAGAUGCUGCACAACUUGCCUUGAAGAGAAUGCCAUCAGCGGAGCAAGAAGCUAUAUCUCAGAGUGAGUAUCAGAGAGGAGUAAGUACAUGGAAUUUUGAUGUUGAGGAUUUAAAGCUUCAAGCUUCUCUGCUGGAAGACGAGGAUGAAAUGCAAGAAACCAAGGAAGAAGAAGACAACAUCAAAUUAUCCGACAGAGAAAAAACAAAUGGUAUUGAGGUGUCUGGACUUGAGAAUCAUGCAAAGAAGGGGAAGGCAUCUGAAAGUGAUCUAACAGAACAUGACUAUCGAGGGAAAACUGGAAUGAAAAGGAGUGGAUCAAUAACUGAUCUGACACAACCAAUGGUGGAGAAAGAUACAACAACCAAGAUUAGAAAUCAAACUGGCAGGCCUCGCCAGACUCAAAGUGGACCACUUGCGCCUGGUACUGUGCUAAGUCAUUCGAUUCCGGAAAGACCACGCAACUUAGAAAGAUCUGAGAAUGAAAAUCAAAAGGUGGAGAAGGUUCAGCCAGUACGAAGAGCUCCCAGUUACAGUGGUCCUCUAAACCUGCCUAAUCGUGCUUCAGCAAAUAGUUUAUCAGCACCAAUUAAAUCUUCAGGAAGUUUUAAAGAUUCUUCUGAGGACAAAUCAAAAACAAAUUUUGUACAAAUAAAAGGUCGUUUCUCUGUGACUUCUGAAAAUGUAGAUCUUGUAAAGGAUAUUCCAUUGUCUUCAGUUUCUCGACGAGGCUCUCAGGUGUCACCACUGAAGAAAUCAGCUAGCGUCGGAAACUGGAUGGUUGAAUCUAAGCAAGUGCCCCACAGCCAUUCACCCAAGGACCUGAGCAAUGGUAAUUUGCCGGCCUCAGUUCUCUUGCCCCACCUUCAGAACCUCUUUCAACAAACCUCAAUUCAACAAGAUCUUAUAGUGAAUUUAUUGAGUAGCUUUCAAACAGUUGAAGUGGAAAACGCUCCUGAAAAUGGGAAGCUACCUCCUUUACCUCAGAGUUCAGACAAUGUUGAUAUCAUUGUUUCUGAAAGGGAAAAGAUGUUGCUUAUGAAGAUAACGGAACUUCAAGCAAGGAUGAAUACCUUGACUGAAGAACUAACUGCCGAAAAACUGAAGUACAUGCAAUUGCAGCAGCGACUAAAUGCUAUGGCUCCACAUGAAGUCGAAGGAGAUAGAAGAUGCAGAGAUUCAUGAUUUUCGAAACAGUCUUCAAAUUAUAGCCUCUUCACGAAGCCUCGGAUUUCAAUGCAAAUCUUACACAUUCCAAAUUUGCUUCCCUUCAUAAACCUCUAAUCUUCACCACAGGUUGACAGUGUAGGAACAAGUGAAAGCGACAUUGCCCCGACUUUCCAUUUACAAGAGUCGGGCAUCCCAACGAGGAAACACAAUUACCCGAGGGAAGGUAUAUUCAGGUUAUUUAUUCGGUUUGACGUAAGCUGAAAGUGUAUUGUGCAGAUGGUGUUGUACUGUGACCUGAGAAAGAUCCAUUUGUGUGUAUUAUUUUUGGUCACUCUCUCUCUAGUAGAGAUAGAAAAUAUCACACAGGCAUCUUCUACCCUGUGGUGUGUCCCCUGUAGAUUAUGUUGUAUCUUUUGGCCUGGCCAAAAAUGCCUUGUUCCUACUGAUGUUCUGUGAAUAUAGAUGAUAAUUUUGCUGGC